AUGUAUUUGGAUUUAACUUUUCUCUCCCGUCGCCCUACUAUGGUCAUAAUGGAGGUGCCCACCAUCGACUGUGCGUCCCUCCGUGGUCUGCUGGAGGCCGACGCUCCGGGCUGCUUGGUGCUGGACUGCCGUUCGUUCCUGUCUUUUAACAGCUCCCACAUCGCGGCCUCCACCAAUGUCCGCUUUAGCACCAUCGUGCGACGGCGAGCCAGGGGCGGCUUGGGACUCGAACACAUCGUCCCCAACGAGGACACCAGGAGCCGGCUAAUGAGCGGCGACUACCAGUCGGUGGUUCUUCUGGACGAACAUAGUUGUGAUUUAAGCCAAGCCAAGAAAGAUGGGACUUUGAUGCUGGCUGUGGCAGCCCUAAGUCGGGACCCCUGCGGAGCAAGUGUUUUCAUUCUUAAAGGUGGAUUUGAAACAUUUUCCAAAGAGUAUCCAGACAUGUGCACCAAGCCUUCUCCCUCACAGGGGCUCAGUUUACCUCUAAACUCCAGUCACCCAGGAAGUGCAGAUUCAAGCUGUAGUCCAUGCAGCACACCACUUUAUGAUCAGGGAGGUCCUGUGGAGAUCUUACCCUUCCUUUACCUCGGUAGCGCUUACCACGCGUCGCGAAAAGACAUGCUGGACAUGCUAGGGAUCACCGCCCUUAUAAACGUUUCUGCCAAUUGCCCCAACCACUUUGAGGACUCCUUUCUGUACAAGAGCAUCCCUGUGGAGGACAACCACAAAGCGGACAUCAGCUCUUGGUUUAAUGAGGCGAUUGAGUUUAUCGAUUCUGUCAGGAAUAACGGAGGUCGUGUGUUCGUCCACUGUCAAGCGGGCAUCUCCCGUUCAGCCACCAUCUGCCUCGCCUACCUCAUGCGCACCAACCGCGUGAAACUGGACGAGGCUUUCGAGUUCGUGAAGCAGCGCCGCAGCAUCAUCUCGCCUAACUUUAGCUUCAUGGGUCAGCUCCUACAGUUUGAGUCUCAGGUGCUCGCCUCUUCAACCUGCUCGUCAGAGGCAGGAAGUCCAGCCAUUGGCAACGGCAGCACAGUUUUCAAUUUCCCCGUGUCCAUCCCAGUACAUUCGGCCCCCAGUCAGCUCUCCUUCCUCCAUAGUCCUAUCACUACCUCUCCUAGCUGCUGA